CCUACCUACGCGAAGGCGUCUCCUUUCUUAACUCCUCCUGAAAAACGAUGCAUCGAUUACGGCAGUUCCAGCAGUUUUGCUUCUUUCUUUAUCUCCCGGUUUUGAUCGGUACUCCAACCAACGUGCGUGCUGUACCACUGCCAACGGAAUCGUCAGCCUUCUUCGUCCAUCUUAGGGAGGAGCUCCACACACUCCCUUCCAUGUCAGCAGACGAGAAGCGGCGUAAAUACGCGGCGACGUGCAAGGCCCACUUCUUUACAGGCUGCAGCGUCCAGUGGAAGAACUGCGGAUGCGACUUACCGUUUCUGAAUCUCCACGCCAUCGCGCUCAACGUUACCUCCAUGAUGAUUGGCGACUGGAACGACUUUGUUGAUUUCUGCACUCCCAGUUGUCUGUCCGAUCCGUUCAUCCCCCUUCCCUACGGGCCCAAUCUUACCAGCUUGACCUUGAAGAACAUCUGGGCGGUGCCGGAUAAUCGACCGUUUCCCGUCGCUGGUUUCCUGAUUAAUCUGCAGGCGAACUGGAAUUAUAUAGGAUGCAUUUGCCCACGAUCACGAAGGACACCUUUCAAGAGUUCGUGGCGCUGCGACAGUUGGUACUAUUGUAUAGCCAUGUAUCAACUAUUGAUGUCAAUGCUUUCGCCGCCCUGGGAGACCGGCCCGGAUCAGCGUUACCGGCACUGAACAUCCUCAGUAUUGGCCACAAUAACAUUACCACUCUCGAUUGGUCGGUAUUUGCGCCGCUGAUGAGCAGCGUCAAGGAAAUUUAUCUAGUAAACGACAACAUCCAGCGCAUUAUCGUCAGCCGCUUCUACGAAGUGCACGGCGUGGAGACGGUGGACCUGACGUGGAACAACAAUCUGACCGAUAUCGACGACCGCUUCUUGCACAGUAUCUCCCCUGCUUCCGGUCGACCACGUUUGGGUCUAUCGGAGACCCCGCUCUGCUCGGAUGCCACGCACUGUCGACGGAUCACCAAGAUUUACGGCCCUCUCAAUUAUUGCUGCGGAAAUACGCAGUCUGCCGCUGGGCUUGGUAGGAUAACUGAGGAGGAUAGCUGAGGCGGAAGUACGUUAUUCAGUCGGUCAACCAUUUCUGCUGUCCAUAUCACACUUAACUGUGGUACUUUUCUUUUUUUUUCGUACGAGACAAUUUAAACAUUUAUAAUGCUAAGCCAACGACCCGUUGUUGUCUGACCUUUGUCAAUGCAGUGGCAGCUGCUUUGGCGAUACUAAUUCUUUUAACGAUGUGCUCAGCUAGAAGCUUCCUUGAGCUGCACAAGUAGUUCAAGUUGUAAUGAUCCAGAGUUUAUGCAGAAGUAACGUUCA